UCCAUCUACUCAUACAUACCACCAUGGUGGACCCAAACUCACGCCGCGUCGGCGACACCGAGCGCAGCUGGUGCCGCGCCGCACUCGGCGGCACCGGAAUCGCCGUCCUGGCCCUCCGAACCUCCUCCCCGCCGGACAUUCCCCGCCUCCAAGCCGCCCUCCACAAGCUCCAAUCCUCCCACCCGAUCCUCCGCUCCCGCCUCCACUCCAACGCCGCCGCCACCUCCUUCUCCUUCCUGACCUCCGGGGCGCCCUCCCUCAAGCUCCAGUCCCAGACGCUCCCCGCCUCCGCCUCCGCCGACCCCCUCCACCAGGUCCUGGAGCUGGAGCUCAACCGCAACACGUGGCGCGACUCCCCCUCCGACGCCGAGGACCUCCUCUUCGCCACGCUCUACGAAGUCCAAGGCGCCUCCACCCGCGUCCUGGCGCUGCGCCUCCACGUGUCCGCCUGCGACCGCACCACCGCGCUGCUGCUGCUCCAGGAGCUCCUGGUCCUCAUGGGAGAAGAGGACGCUGCGAAUGCGAAUGCGAAUGGUGAUUAUUGUGAUCGUAGAGAAGAGGCUAACUUGGCCAUCGAAGACCUCGUGCCACGUGCCAAGGCUAAGAAACCCGUGUGGACGCGCGGUCUCAACAUGCUCUCCUACUCGCUUAGCUCGCUCAGGCUCUCUAAUCUCAACUUCGUUGACACCAAAGGCCCCAGGUUUUCCCAACUACUCAGGUUCCAACUCAACCAAAAUCAGACCAACCAACUUCUCGCUGGUUGCAAGUGCAGUGGGAUUAAACUAUGUGGGGCUCUUGUUGCUGCGGGAUUGAUGGCUGCUCAUUGCCCCAAGCGUAGCUCCAGGAAGUAUGGGGUUGUAACCCUCACUGAUUGCCGAUCCAAUCUCGAACCUCCUCUCUCUGACAAUUUUGGAUUUUACCACUCUGCCAUUCUGAAUUCCCACGAGGUGAAGGGAGAGGAAUCGAUGUGGGAGCUAGCGAAGAGAACAUACGAAGCAUUCGCGAACUCCAAAAAGAGCAACAAGCACUUGUCGGACAUGGCGGACCUAACUUUUCUGAUGUGCAAGGCGAUAGAGAACCCGGGGCUGACGCCGUCGUCGUCGCUGAGAACCUCCGUGAUGGCGGUGUUCGAGGACACGCUGGUGGACAACGGCGGCGCCAAGCAGCGGCAGAUCGGGGUGGAGGACUACGUCGGGUGCGCCUCCGUUCACGGGGUGGGACCCUCCAUCGGAAUUUUCGACACCAUAAGAGACGGAAGCUUGGAUUGCGUUUGCGUGUACCCUGCGCCGUUGCACUCGCGGGAACAGAUGCAACAGAUUCUCGAUAAGAUGAAGGCUAUACUUAUUGAAGCUGCAAAGAGUUACACUGCAUGAGGAGGAUACUGUUACUGUCAUAUCAAAAAUCAUAAUUAAUAAUGAAGAGGGUUCCGUUUAGAAUAAGAUUUAUUUUGUUUAAUAA